AUGGAAACUGAAGAACCAUUCAGUGAACUGGAGAAAGAAUGUGCUCAAUAUGUAGCCGGAUAUGUGGCUAAUCGUUUUUCAAGUAAAUAUCCACAUUUGAUUAGCCAUACUGAUAAUAGCCAGCAAUCAAACAGUUGGACACAAUGUAUUUCAAAAGGAAAUCUAAAAACGCCUUCAUAUAGCCUCGAAAAAGCAAUUGAACAAUUAGAGGUAGAUUUCAAUGCGUUUCACGGAGACAGCCUUUUGAAAACACCUAAUAUAAUAAAAAAUUUAACCCAUUAA